AUGUUCUGGAGGUUUGGCGGCUACGCCAACAUCUCAACCAUCGACACCAUCCUCGACAAGCCCGACUUCACCCUCGAAGAGCUGCUUGAAGAGGCUGACCUGAUACAAGAGCUGAAGCAGCAUAACUCCAAGCUCAUCGAGUUUCUACGCGAGGGUAAGGUGCUCGAGAAGCUCCUCGAGUAUACUGUUGUUCCCAAGCUCGAGGCAGUCGAGAGCGCUGAGGAGCCUGCCGAGGAUGACAUCAAGACUAAGGGCCGUCUGCUGCCCUUCUCACGCCCUCGCGCAUCGUCGCGCGCCACCGAUCCCGGCGAAAAUGACGACGAGCUAGACAAGAAGCGCAAUCGCUAUGCUCACGUCGCCUGCGAGGUCCUGAGCUCCGACACAUGGUCCAUAUACGAGGCCCUCGUCGAAAACCGACAGCUGAUCCGCGACUUUUGGAACUUCCUCUCCCGGCCCGCGCCGCUGGACCCUCUGCAGGCUAGCUACUUUACCAAGGUCAACGAGUCGCUCUUUGAGAAGAAGACGGAGGAGAUGAUGGAGCUGCUCUGGAGCUUGCCCAAUGUCAUUCCCGACAUGCUCAGGCACGUUGAGUGCCCCAUGGUCAUGGAUUUGCUGCUCAAAAUCAUUGCCCUUGAUCGCACAGAGGGUGGCCAAGGCGUUGUUGAGUGGUUGUAUUCCAAGGACAUUAUCCCAACACUCAUCUCUUUCCUCGGCCCUGAGCACAGCUGGGUUGUGCAGACUGCUGCAAGCGACUUCAUCAAGGCCAUCAUAACCAUCUCGGCCAACGCCUCGCAGAACGAGCAGCAGUGCAUCGGCCCCAACGAGCUCACACGUCAGCUCGUUUCGAAGCCCUGUGUCGAGCAGCUGAUUGGUUACAUGCUUGGAGGCGGCAACCCUUUGACUGUUGGUGUUGGCAUCAUCAUCGAGGUGAUUCGGAAGAACAACUCCGACUACGACCCGGACGUUGGAACAGAGGCCAACAGCACGCCUUCCAGUCGCGAUCCCAUUUACCUUGGAAAUCUGCUGAGGCUUUUUGCCCAGAAUGUGCCCAAGUUCAUGAACCUCAUCAUGAACGAGCCGUCAAAGAAGCAGGGCGUCGACUCAACUUUCAACGAGAAGCUCGAGCCUCUUGGAUUUGACAGGUUCAAGACUUGUGAACUCAUGGCAGAGCUGUUGCACUGCAGCAACAUGGGUUUGCUCAACGAGAUAGGCUCGGAGCAGCUGAUUGCAACUCGAGACUUUGAGCGCCAGCGCCUUCGAGCCGAGGGCAAGCUUACUCCCCGAGACGACGAGGGGUCUGAUGACUUGACGAUGCGCAUUCCCCAUCCGGCCCACCACGAGGAGGUCCGCCGUCUGGAAGUCACCAAUGCCGAUGACGAUGGCUUUGAAGAGGUGGAACCGACUACUGAGAUGAACGAGGACACAUCCCACGAGUUUGUCAAGGCCGAGGAUGAUAUUGCACCAGGCGCCAACGCAUCUUCAUCUUCCUUCCUUGAAAAGGACGAGGAGGAAUUUGUCGACGAGCCGCUGAGCUCUCCUCGGCUAGCAGUGACCACGGCAGGGAUGAACGAACAGCGCUUUGAAGAACCGGACCUUGUUGUUGCGCCUCUUUCACCCACAAAGGCAAAGCUUUCCGAGCCAGCACACGCGGAAGCAGAGAGUUCUACUGCCGUCGAGGGUCAAACCAAGGCUGCUACAGAGGAACACCAGCCUCAGACAGCUGCAACUCCAGGGCUGCAGCCAUCAGCUCUGCCCAGGGAAGAUGACACGAAAAAGAACGAAUCUACUACCGGCGCUCCACAGGAAGCCAUCGCUUCUGCUGCUGAAUUGCUUCCUGACGAGAUUGAAAAACCUCGUGGCCUAUCCCCCCAUCCUGAAGAUACCCCGCCCCCUCUCUUCUCAGUUCCUCUUGCCCCUGAUUCCGGCGUCCAAGAGCCACCACAGUCAUUCACACCACCACAAGGCCCCGAGCCUAGCCUUGCUACGUUUGCAGCUGGCGAGAAGCCCGGAGAGACUGCAGGCGAUGCAACCGAAGCUGUUGUGGGUGACUUUCUCAAAAUGCAGUUUGUUGAGUAUCGUGUUGUUCCGGCAAUUUUGUCAUUCUUUUUUGCAUACCCUUGGAACAACUUCCUCCACAACGUUGUGUAUGAUAUUGUACAGCAAGUGUUCAACGGGCCGAUGGACCGUGGUUUCAACCCGACAUUAGCCGUGUCCCUCUUCGAGGCUGCCGACAUCACCACCGCCAUCAUCAAGGGCCAGCAAGCCAGUGACGAGUCUCAGGCCAGGACCAAGACCCGUAUGGGAUACAUGGGACACCUCACACUCAUUGCUGAAGAAGUUGUCAAGUUCACCGAACGUCACCCCCCGGAGCUUCUGUCAGAGAUGGUCCUUGACAAGGUUAUGAGCCAAGAUUGGAUCAACUAUGUGGAAGGUGCUCUCGCGGAAACAAGAGAGCGGGACAACGCAAUUCUGGGUGGUGUUCGGCCUGAGGUGGCCUUGGGACACCGGGCCAGCCUCGGUGCUAGUGGCUUGGGUGGCAUCGGCUUGUCAGGCCUUGGAAACACAGCCAGCGGAUCGAAUGCCUUGGCAGAGGCAGGCCUCAAUGGCGGCAUGGAGAUGAAUGAGGGAGAUGGUAAUGGGAUUGGUCCCUUUGCGAUAAGCGCGGGCACUCUGAUGUCUGGAUUUGGCAGUAGUAGCGACGAAGACGACGAUGAGGGCGAGGGGGAUGAAGAAGAUGUGAAUUCCGAGGUGAGUAAUGAUUCUUCCGAUGAGCACGGCAACGAGUCUCCUGAGGCGACAAUUGGCAUGGCAUACACACCCGAGGAUGUCAUCAUGAUGUCUCCCGAACCGAUCAGAGCGGAAUCUCCAGACGCAAUAGAAGACGCCAUCUUCAGCUCUAAUAAUGAUACCACCGACAUGCCUGGAGCCUCUGCUACACUAAGAUCCUCCAGCCCUGAUGAUGAAGAGCUAGAGGGCAAAUUUUUUCGAUCGUAUACUGACCCGCUGAACCAGGGAUCUUUGGCUCCGCCGUCUAUCCCGCCUCCACCGCCUCCGCCUCCGCUGAACAUUCCGCCUUCGAGAGCUCGGCUGCAGCUCGCGGCACGGCUGGCAAUGCAUCAAAAGAAUAGCCAAACUGCGCAGGCCUCGUCGGCUACAGUUCAUGAUGACAACUACGAAGACGAUGAAGAUAACCUUGAAGACCCGUUUGGCGAUGGAGAGGCUGAUAUCGAUGACGACUUGGACGAUGAAAUGUCUGGCAACAUAGGCCGUGGAUCAUGGUGGAGAGGUGUUGUUAACAGGAGAAGCGGACUCGAAGAUGAAGACUCUGAUGAUGAGGAGGAAUUUGGAGAUUUUGCCAUGCCAGAGGAAGAAAAAGCAGAGGAUGGCCAGGACCAGGACAACGUGGUGCUGAAGCCCCUCGCGGUUCACCCACCUAGAGAAAGCAGCAGAGGUUUAAGCGGCCUAUGGCCCUUUGGCUCGAGAGCUGAUAAAGACAAGGGCGGCAGAGCUGAAGACGGCAAGGACGAGCAGAAGGGCGAUGACGAAGCUCAGAUGGCGGAAGAGAGGGACGAGGAGCCUGAGAAGAGGGCGAUAGAAGUCAAGGAAGCACAGCGGAGAACAAGCAUUGAAGAUGAUGACGACGACGAC